UGCGCGAGCGAUACGCAUAUCCACACACUCAGCGACGAACGUUUUAUUUUUUUUAACCGACGCUUAUUAAAAAUUCAACCUUUCCCCCAUCCCUACUCACUUUUCAACUUCUCGAAUAACCCGAAAUUUGAAAAAGUUAAAUAUUUACGAUUUCGUUGGACGCGAGUCUUGGAAAAGGAGCGCGGAGUGGCAACAAAUUAGGCUUUUUGGCACCGGCUUAUAAGCAGCAACAGAUCACCGAGUGAGAGAGAGAGAGAGAGAGUAAGAGAGAGAGUGAGAAACCAACAGAUAGAAAGAGAGAGGAUUGGUUCUCGCUGGCGACACAAGCGCAGUAAGGUAUAACGGUGCACGAGAGACAGUCAGUCAGUCGUCGCCGCGACGCCGUCGGGACGCGCAACCUUUUCACUGGUAUAAACGCAUCUACAGAUACAUUCAUACGUGUACGCGCGUAUACGCGUGUUCGUGUGCUUUUCGCAUUAAUAUAUUCACAGGACCCUCCAAUGUGGCGACGGCGAGCGUGAGAAUCGUACGAAUAGCCGCCGAUAGAGCAACAGCACCACACGUGCAGUGGCAGGCGAAAGAAAAGGGUGAACGCUCCACCGCAGUGUCUGCGCCCUUCGUCUGGCCUUCCUACCACACACAUAGAGGUAUCUACCUUUGCUUAUACGUGUGUACACGCAAGAGUCGACGACGUCACACACACGCGUACAUAUUUCGUAUACUGUCGCACCGAAGCCGGCAGCACACGCAGCUGCCAACCAACAGCACUAGCGGCAGUCGGCGGCGGCGCUCUCUCACCGCAGUUUCAGAGUCGACGACUCUCCUGCCUCGGCUCUGUCGUUGAGAGCAGCAGCAGCAGCUAAAAUGGCUGACCAUCGAGGCGGCGGCGACUCUUAUUACGGUAGUGAUCCUCGCUCCAAGAAUGACGAUCCCCCGAAUUCACGACUAUUCGUCAUCUGUCACAAGAGCCUUGAGGAAGAUGACCUCAAGAAAGCGUUCGAAAAGUUUGGCAAGAUUGAGGAUAUCUGGGUGGUCAAGGAUCGAACCACUGGCGACAAUAAAGGAGUCACGUAUAUAAAGUACUCCAAAACGUCGGAAGCGGCGGUCGCCCUCGAGGAAAUGAACGGCAAGAUGCUUGGCUCCGUUGGACGACCCAUCAAAGUCAUGAUCGCCUCCAACCGAGAUCAAGGGUCGGUGAGAGAGACAAACGAGGAGGAACGUUGGGUACGACUGUUUUGCGUGCUGCCGAAAUCCAUGACCGACACGGAGCUUCAACAGGAAUUCGCCAAAUUUGGACCUAUCGAGUACGUGACAGUCGUCAAAGACAGGAAUACCAAUGAAUCCAAGGGUUUUGGCUACGUAAAAUUCAAGAAGGUGUCCAGUGCUGCAAAAGCCUUUGAAGAGUGUGACCGAAAGUACAAAGCAGUGUUUGCUGAGCCAAAGAAGCCCAAACCUGAUCCUGAUCAGAAAUACAGUAAUGGAAUGUCCAUGGGUUAUGAUAAUUCCAACAAUUCCAAUUAUGGUAACAAUUAUCAUAAGAACAAUGUUGGAUUGGAAAUAGCUGGUAACUACCCCAAUACUGAUGGUUUUACUAAGUUACAAGUCAUUGCCCACCCAGCCUUAAAUCAAGAUCAGCUGUGGAAGCUGUUUGACAUUGUACCUGGUUUGGAUUAUUGUCAUCUCAAGACAGAUGCCCGAUAUAGAUUGUCAAGAGGACAUGCUACUGUAGUUUACAAUACUCCCAGUGCAGCUGCUUAUGCAAGAGAGAAGUUACAUGGAUUUGAAUAUCCGCUUGGACACAGGAUGAUAGUCAAACCUGAUAUGUCUGGACCUCUAUUACCUCACAAGCCACUUUUAAAGCAAGGCAUUCCGAAUAAUAAUAACAUUACUACUCCUGGUGGUGUUGUUGCUGCUAGAACUGAUUUGGCACAUUUGGCUGAAACAAUUGCACAGGCAACAUCAUUGAUUCAAGCAGCUGGUCUAACAGCACCUUUACAACCUAUGGCCAACAUCGAUGCAGAAGUCGCAAAGCGAUGUUUCAUCGUAUGUGGCCCACCAGUGCCUCCUAUUUAUGCCAUGAAAGAUGCGUUCUGCAGGUUCGGUAAUCUCAUUGAUGUUUACAUGCUUCCUGGGAAAAACUGUGGUUAUGCCAAGUAUGCUAGUGUUGAAAGUGCCAAUAAAGCCAUUGAGACUCUUCAUGGUCAAGAAAUCUGUGGUUCUCGUCUAAAAGUCCUAGAAGCCGAAGAACGCAAUGUUGGUGAUGAUCGAAGAAAGAGAUUAAGAAUGGACGAGGACGAGCACUAAUUUACUUAAGAAAAAUCACCGACUGGUAACACACUAUGCAGGACGCACGCCACGAAUUGAGACGAAAUUUUAUAAAGACUCACUUUAUUGACCACAUCGGGCCUGCAACAGAAUGGAAAACUACCACGACCAUCCUUACUUUUACUGUUGUUUUACGUUCGCCACAUCUCAACAUUUACUGAAAAAAAACAAUUGAACAAUUGAUAUAUUACCAACUUAACGAAAAAAAAACUUUUCAUUGUCACACUUAUGACACCGGACAUCACGGUAAAUACGUAUGAUUUCCUGAAGCGUGUGCCUGUGCUUUCGAAUUUUUCGCGUUGCGAUAUGACUUAUUGGAUGAACCACAGCAAUUACGUACGAAAUAUGUAAUUGAGUCUUUUUUUACUAAGAAAAGAAUACUUUCAGAAAAUAUACAAAAAAAGAUGAGACAUUUAAUGAAAAGAGCGUGAAAAGGUAUAUGUUUACGCUAUUUUCAUGUUUUAGUUUCAUAUUUAAAAGAAAAAUGAAUAAUAAUAAUAAUAAUAAUAAUGAUUAUAUAAUAAAAAACUAAUACUAAUAAUCACAGAAGCGCGGACGAUUGUGAAAGUAUUUUGAUAAUUUUUAUAAAAUCCAUAUUGUAUAUAUACAUACAUGAAUAUAUAUUUGUGUGAAUUUUCAUGAGUAAACACGUAUAUCAUAUAUAUAUAUACGGAGACGUGGAUGCAUUUGACGUAAUUUAUAUAUAUAUAGUCGGAGAUAGUCAAGUUGUCAUAUGUAUAUUAUUUUUUAUUCAAGCAAAUUCUAGGCUAUUUUCGUUUAGGAGAAAAAGAAUCAAGGAUCGGAUUGUGAUUAACAAGCGUCACUCAAUUAUAAUUAAUCAUUAACUUCUUACAUACAAGAGUUACGUAUUAUAUUGACUCUUGCAGAAGGGAUUUGAAAUAGAGACAGAGCAGAAAGAGUGUUGGACUCGAGAUCCAUAAUAUUGAUAUACAAAGCAUCCUUUCUCGACGUCCAAGCAUGUAUUUUUUACCUAAUUAUUUCAUAGUUAUUUUUUGUUACAUAUAUAUGAGAAAAAAGCAACUAAUUUUAACACGACGUAUAGGUGUUUUUACGUGGCAUUAGUGAUAAGAAUAGUCGUACAUUUACGAAAGAGAUCAUUACAGAAUAUUUUUUGAAGAAUUAAAAAGAAACAAAACGUUAGCUGGCUCAGCUAAAGUUAUAUUCACGAUUUGCCGGGAUAAAUAAUACUAUAGUAGCAGCUGUACAUAUUUUGAAGUAUAUCUACAGCGGAAAGCUGACUACAAAUUUUUUCCAUAUUAUAUAUACAUACAUUUACGAUUAUUACCGUUUGUUCUUUGUCCACACAAGACUUAUCGCUAUUAAUCAACUGUGUGUGUGUGUGUAAACCUGCGACGGCAUUCACUUAAAACAAAACGAGUACAAUAUAUAUGAUAAUUGUAAGAGAAAUCUUCAAAAUAUACUAUACACCAAAAUGUCUUUACAAAAUAACAAAUAUUAAAAGAAAGAAAGCGCGUGCGCUGUAUAAUUUUUCAUACUGAUUAAUAAAAAUACUAAAAGAUAUGGAUUAAAAAACAAAAAACAAAGAUUAUUCCGAGCAACUUUAUAUAGGGAAGGUAAUAAACUUGCCUUACCAAAAUGACUGUAACAGUGACUUUGCCGUCACAAGAUGAUUAAAAAAAAUUAAUAUAACGCAACUGAUACAGAAUCAAAUACAAAUUGUAUUACAAGCAUUCAUUCCAGUGGGUUUUUAUUAUUUUCUUUUUUGUUCUUUCACAUUUCUCAUUUACAAAAAAUAAAUGACGUGACUCCCAUGAUCCAUCCAA